CUCGCCUUCAUUUUUGAUUUUACUACUCGAAGUGAGAGUGUUCUAGGGUUUUUUUAGGGUUCCAGUGAAAACCCCAAAUCUUCACCUGAAGGAAAAACGCGAUCUUUUCCACCCAUUUCGAUUUAUUAUCCCUAUUCAUCGUCUCGUUUUCUGCUUGGUGUGGUGAUCUUCGUCGAUUCUCGUCGUUUUCCAUCGUCUGCAGGUUGCUUCAAUGGCGCGGCUGUUUAAAGAUGAAGCUACUGAAGAGAAGGGAGAGCGAGCCAGAAUGGUAACACAUGUCGGAGCAGUGUCCAUUGCUGAUUUAGUUAAGACUACUUUAGGGCCAAAAGGAAUGGACAAAAUUUUACAGUCCACUGGGAGGGGGCGUACAGUUACAGUUACCAAUGAUGGCGCUACUAUCUUGAAGUCGCUUCAUAUUGAUAACCCUGCUGCUAAGGUUCUUGUUGAUAUUUCAAAAGUUCAAGAUGAUGAAGUGGGUGAUGGUACAACAUCUGUUGUUGUUUUAGCGGGCGAGUUUUUGAGGGAGGCAGAGAAGUUAAUAAUGACAAAGAUUCAUCCAAUGACUAUUAUAGCAGGUUAUAGAAUGGCUGCUGAAUGUGCACGGAAUGCAUUGUUAAAGAAAGCCAAGGAUAACAAACAAGAUCCAGAGAAAUUUAAGUCAGAUUUGAUGAACAUUGCUAUGACAACUUUGAGUUCAAAGAUUCUCUCCCAGGACAAAGAACACUUUGCGACACUUGCAGUUGAUGCUGUUAUGAGGCUUAAGGGUAGUACAAAUUUGGAGUCAAUCCAAAUAAUAAAGAAGGCUGGAGGUUCACUGAAGGACUCAUUUUUAGAUGAAGGGUUUAUUCUUGAUAAGAAAAUUGGCCUUGGACAGCCUAAACGCAUUGAGAAUGCUAAGAUUUUGGUUGCAAACACAGCUAUGGACACUGACAAAGUUAAGAUAUAUGGUGCCAGAGUUCGUGUUGAUUCAAUGACUAAAGUAGCACAGAUUGAGGGAGCUGAAAAGGAAAAGAUGAAAGAAAAAGUGCAGAAAAUCAUUGGUCAUGGGAUUAAUUGCUUCGUCAACCGACAAUUGAUAUAUAACUUUCCAGAGGAACUUUUUGCUGAUGCAGGAAUACUUGCUAUUGAACAUGCUGAUUUUGAUGGGAUUGAGAGGCUAGCUCUGGUUACUGGUGGUGAAAUUGCAUCUACCUUUGAUAACCCCGACUCUGUUAAGCUUGGUCAUUGCAAGCUUAUUGAGGAAAUCAUGAUUGGCGAGGACAAGUUGAUCCAUUUCUCUGGGGUUGAAAUGGGUCAGGCAUGCACAAUAGUGCUAAGAGGUGCAAGUCACCACGUUCUUGAUGAAGCUGAAAGAUCUACAAGGGUUUUACUCGGUGGUGGGUGGCCUGAGAUGGUGAUGGCAAAAGAUGUAGAUGAACUUGCUCGCAAAACUCCUGGAAAAAAAUCCCAUGCUAUCGAAGCUUUCUCGAGGGCAUUACAAGCAAUUCCAACUAUUAUAGCUGACAAUGCUGGUUUAGACAGUGCAGAGUUGAUCUCGCAGCUUCGUGCUGAACAUCACAAAGAGGGCAGUAAUGCUGGGAUUGAUGUUAUAACUGGCAGUGUAGGAGAUAUGGAGAAGCUUGGGAUCUCUGAAUCAUUCAAAGUUAAGCAAGCCGUACUACUGUCUGCUACUGAGGCAGCUGAAAUGAUACUGAGGGUGGAUGAGAUCAUAACCUGCGCUCCAAGGAAGCGGGAGGAGAGAAUGGGACACUAAAUACUUGUUGCAUCUAGUAGAGAUUGAACAUGCGUCAUCUGAAGCUGUGGUGAUUGAUUUAAUUUUGAUCUAAUUACAGUAGAGAUCGAGGACACGGGAUCUGAAACUGUGCUUGUGAUUAGAUUUGAUAAGUUUCUUGGGGGCGGCGGCUAGUGUGUAAUUUCACUAUUUUUUGGGGGUUAUUUAGAUAACUAUUGUUUUUAUGACAGAACUGAUGUUCAUCUUCAGGUUAUCAGUAUUCAUAGCCUGUUAUGCGUUCUGGCAAGUUGGAGGACCCUUCGGCUGUGCAAAUUCAGAGGGGUCAUUUAUUCUGGAAAAAAGGGUGCCAACUGUUAUUAUUAGACUUUUGAUUUAGGAGAGGCGUAUCAUAUCCUUGAGAGGCAAACACUGUCUUAUUGAAUGGAUGUUAAGUGAGAAAUUUCAACUCUUUUUCUUGGGUUAUACAAGGGGAAAGUUUGAAUCUUUA